AUGUCUGAUGAACUAGUGUCUGAUGUACUAGUGUCUGACGAACCAGUGUCUGAUGUACUAGUGUCUGAUGAACCAGUGUCUGGUGUACUAGUGUCUGAUGAACCAGUGUCUGAUGUACUAGUGUCUGAUGAACCAGUGUCUGAUGUACUAGUGUCUGAUGUACUAGUGUCUGAUGAACUAGUGUCUGAUGUACUAGUGUCUGAUGUACUAGUGUCUGAUGAACCAGUGUCUGAUGUACCAGUGUCUGAUGUACUAGUGUCUGAUGAGCCAGUGUCUGAUGUACCAGUGGCUGAUGAACUAGUGUCUGAUGUACUAGUGUCUGAUGUACUAGUGUCUGAUGAGCCAGUGUCUGAUGUACCAGUGGCUGAUGAACUAGUGUCUGAUGUACUAGUGUCUGAUGAACCAGUGUCUGAUGUACCAGUGUCUGAUGUACUAGUGUCUGAUGAACCAGUGUCUGAUGUACUAGUGUCUGAUGAACUAGUGUCUGAUGUACUAGUGUCUGAUGUACUAGUGUCUGAUGAGCCAGUGUCUGAUGUACCAGUGGCUGAUGAACUAGUGUCUGAUGAACGCACAUAA